GCUAGGAUGCUAAUGCUAGCAGAACUAGCAACGGCCAAGACAAGGACACAGAUUGGUAAGACUUCCAGACACAACUCUGCGAGAGGGAAGUCCUGAGUUGGCCUUCAGCCUUUAGGAUAAAGCCUGGCCGGAUGGAUUGCAUCACCCCAGCAAGAACAAGCCUCCUGCGUCUGGGCCAGGGCAAGAAGGGGAUAUGCAAGCUGUGUGGUCGGUUUUGGAAAAGUAAGCCAAAACCCACAUUGGCCGCUACUGGCAGGACAGGAAACAGGUCACGGUGUUGCUGUUGACAGGCGUCCAUAGACUAUGGCGCCAGACUGACAGGAAGGACGCGCAGCACCAAGGACGCAAGCCACAUCCUCUGAAGUGGACCGAAAACAAACAUGGAGGAAGGCGGUCAGAGACAAGAACAGGACCACUCGGAAAACAAAAUAGAUAAAGAAGACACUGUGGAGGAGGCUAACAUGGAUGUAGCUCAGCUGCAGGGCCUGGUGGCGGAGCUGCGUGAGGGGCUCCGUGACUCCCUGGCCGAGCUGCAUCAGAGGGACCACAGACUGGAGGAGAAGCUGCAGGCCCACCAGACAGACGUGGAUGAUAGGAUUAUGGGCCUGAAGAACUCGCUCAACACUUUCAAGGAGGAGCUGAGUGCUGCCUUGUUCCACAUCCAGGAUAUGUCCAGCAAACAGAGAGAGGUGAUCCAGCGGGUGGAACAGCUGAACUUAACUGUCCUUCACAGGAAGAGCUCCAACCCUGACGUGCGGACAUCACCAAAAGAUGAUCGCCUCGGCCUAUCGGACCUCAGCAUCGUUCAGCGCUACUUUGUCGAGUCGCCACAGAGGAGCGCGUCGACGCAGACACCCACUUUGGCCCAAACUCCAGCGUGGGCGGAAGCGUGGGACUGCAGAGAGGACACGGACACGGACACGUCCGACAGUGUGAAUGAAAAAAGUCUGAGGCAGAAGGCCGCCUUGGAGCUCCUGGAGUCAGAGAGGAUCUACGUGUCCCACUUGUCUCUCUUACUGAAGGCCAACAUCUCCUUCAACGGGUUGGAGGUACUCGCUGCCAAGGAAAAACGUCCUUUCCCUAGCUCUCUGAGGUUCCUCAUCCAGCAGCACCUGGACCUCCUGCACACCCUCCAGGAGCGCGUCCUCAGGUGCCAGUGGCAAGGCAUCAUGGGAGAUAUAUUCAUGAAGCUCACCAGCAAAGAGAGUGACUUCCUGGACUUGUACGUGUCCUACCUAAAGGAGCUCCCGGACUGCCUGGCCGUCAUCAACAUGCUGGCCUCCAACGCCAACAAGCCAAACUCCUUCCUGGAGAGUGACAUCAUGGGCGACAAACCGAAGCCCUCCUUGCACACUCUGCUCCUCCAACCAGUGCAAAGGAUUCCAGAGUACCUGCUACUGCUGCAGAGUUUGCUGAGGCGUACGGAGGCCGACCACCCCGACUACUACCUGCUGCUGGUGUGCAUCCAACAGUUCCGCAUCUUCUCCAGCCAGUACCAGCACCUCCUCCAACACAACCAGGAGCUCCUGCUGCACAACCGCAAGGAAGUCAAGAGCAGAUCUUCCAUGAAGCAGCUGCUGAGGACAAUGGACGGCGGCAUUCAAGGCUCUCCUUACCCUCACAACAGCUCCAUGUUGAACCACGCGAGCCAGACCAAACACAGCAAGCAGAUCCAGUCCCAACGUUUCCACGACUGGGACCGGGAUCAGGACCGAGAACCGAGCCGUUAUGAGCCGGAGUGGCCUUCCCAGCUCCAGUACUUCAGUCCUGACGUGGACUCUCGGAAGCAAAAAGGUCUCGGCAUCAUCCCAGAGAGCGAGGUAUCGGGGCGCCCCUCCCAAAAUCUUCCGCCUUCAAGACCGCCAGAGUUCCGUCAGGUCCAACCGGGCUCGGCUCUCGCCGACGCCCUGGAGGAGUUCCUGCUCCCCGCGGACCCUCCCGGGAUGAAAGGUCUGUACGAGGACGACACAAGCUCCAUUCACGACGCAUCCGGGUUCGACCACUGCUCCUCGGCCUCCUCCGACUCGUCCAUCGACAUCGCCUUCGUCAGGUGUCCCAAGUCCCCGUUUACGCCGUCGCAGCACGCCAUGGCCACCAACGCGUACGGCAACGGAUACGGCCGACCCCCCAACAGAGGGUGCGUGUCGCCGGACGAGGCCAUCCUGAUGCGGCAUAACCACCAACGCCCGCUUCAGGCCAGCCAGCGCAGAAAAAGCAAGUCUUUGAACGGCCUGCAGAUGGACGGCGUGGCGACGGACGGAGGUCUGCCGUCAGAGCAGAGGGCGGGAGCGGGCAGCCACGCCAAGCUGGAGCGCCAAGGCAGCAAAGGCAGCACGCCAUCCAGGAAGAUCCACGGUUCCCCGGGGAACAGGAAGGACGGCGCAGAGAAGCCAAGCGAGGAUCUUCACGGGCUGCUGGACACGGGGAUGCAGCACUGGGGGGAGGAGCCCAGGUGGAGGGGCGGGGCUGAGGAGAACCACCACACCCCCUUGAGUGAGAGGAGCCGCAAGCAGGACAAGGGAGGCUUCAGGAGCUCCUUCAAGAAACUCUUCAAGAAAAAAGGCGGAGAAGACAAGAAGGACAAAGCGGCAGAAAAUCCCAACAGUGAAAACGAGGCGGGGAAAAAUGUCCAACUGGUUGACGUGGAUCGAGAGAGGAGUGAAGCAUGAAGGUUUGACAGGAGCCCUCAGCCCAGCCACCACGUAUCGGAAGCGAUACAUCAGACCACAUGAGAGCAGCAGUGUUGAGUAAACUUUGGCCAAUUUGAAAGGGAUAAGGGAAGAAACAUUUUUGUUGUUGUUUUUUUACUGACACAUCAGUAUGAACAGUUGAAGAAAUGUGAAAUGACUUAAUAUUUCAAAAUGUUUUAAGUGUGUUGCGAAUGUGUGAAUCAAAUUUGAAUCAGCAGGUAUAUAAGACAUGUAACUAAAUAAGAAUUUUUUUUAUUUUUUUACUGACAUCAGUAUGAACAGUUGAAGAAACGAGAAAUUACUUAAUAUUUCAAUAUUUAUUUUUUAAGUGUGUUAAGAAUGUGUGUAUCAAAUUUGAAACAGCAGGUAUGUAAGACAUGUAACUAAAUAAGUCAAUGGUCUUUUUUGUUUUAUUUUUUACGGACACAUCAGAAUGAACAGUUGAAUAAAUGUGAAAUGACUUAAUAUUUCAACAUUUAUUUUUUAAGUGUGCUGAGAAUGUGUGUAUCAAAUUUGAAACAGCAGGUAUGUAAGACAUUUAACUAAAUAAGUCAAUUGUUUUUUUGUUGUUUUUUUACUGACACAUCAGUAUGAACGGUUGAAGAAAUGUGAAAUCACUUAAUAUUUCAACAUUUAUUUUUUAAGUGUGUUGAGAAUGUGUGUAUCAAAUUUGAAAAUUGUUUUUUUGUUGUUUUUUUACUGACAUCAGUAUGAACAGUUGAAGAAAUGUGAAAUAACUUAAUAUUCAACACUUACUUUUAAGUGUGUUGAGAAUGUGUGUAUCAAUUUUUUUUUUUUUUACUGACAUCAGUAUGAACAUUUGAAGAAAUGUGAAAUUACUUAAUAUUUCAACAUUUAUUUUUUAAGUGUAUUGAGAAUGUGUGUAUCAAAUCUGAAACAGCAGGUAUGCAAGACAUAACUAAAUAAGUCAAUUGUUUUUAUGUUUUAUUUUUUACUGACACAUCAGAAUGAACAGUUGAAUAAAUGUGAAAUUACUUAAUAUUUCAACAUUUAUUUUUUUUAAGUGUGUUGACAAUGUGUGUAUCAAAUUUGAAACAGCAGGUAUGUAAGACAUUUAACUAAAUAAGUCAAUUGUUUUUUUGUUGUUUUUUUACUGACACAUUAGUAUGAACGGUUGAAGAAAUGUGAAAUCACUUAAUAUUUCAACAUUUAUUUUUUAAGUGUCGAGAAUGUGUGUAUCAAAUUUGAAAAAUGUUUUUUUGUUGUUUUUUUUACUGACAUCAGUAUGAAUAGUUGAAGAAAUGUGAAAUCACUUAAUAUUUCAACACUUAUUUUUUAAGUGUGUAGAGAAUGUGUAUCCAUUUUUUUUUUUUUACUGACACCAGUAUGAACAGUUGAAGA